GUCCCAGAAUAGUUGAUUUACAGGUAGUCGAAGAAAAAAUGAAUAAACAGAAGAGAGAAACGCGGGCAAGCAAGUUACAACAAUGAAUGGUUACUUGGAUGAGCUGUUGUGCGAGGAAGUUAGAAAGUACCCGCAUUUGUACGACUCCAGCCUAAAAGACUAUAAAGAUGCGUUUAUUGGUUGUAACUCGUGGAGAGAGAUUUCCCAGGCGCUAGGAAAGGACGAAACAUUCUGUCGACAGAGGUGGAAAUAUCUUCGGGACAGAUAUGUAAAAGCUGCGAAGAUGAUAAAGGGUAAGAGCUGCGAAACGGGGGAAAAAAGACCAAUACCACGGAUUGUGGUUCUGCUCGACUGGCUGUCGAAAUUCAUCAAACAUUGCAACGGUGAAAAAUUGAACGAGUUUAGAUACUUGGAUGAGAGAUUGGUCGAGGAGGUUAAAAAGUACCCGCAUUUGUACGACUCCAGCCUAAAAGACUAUAAAGAUGCGUUUAUAGGCUGUAACUCGUGGAGAGAGAUUUCCCAGGCGAUAGGAAAAGACGAAAUAUUCUGUCGACAGAGGUGGAAAUAUCUUCGGGACAGAUAUGUCAAAGCUGCAAGGAUGAUGAAGAGAAGGAGUGACGAUGCUGGGGGUAAAAAAACACCCCCGAUUGUGGUUCUGCUCGACUGGCUCUCGAAGUUCAUCAAACACAGAGAGACAGACUCCAACGGUGAAAAACUGACCGAGUUCAGUUAUAGUUCUGACACUAUCGUCCCACUGAAGCUGGAGUGCAUGGCAUCGGACCUGUCUGACAAUGACAUGGAGCAGAAUCUGAAGAAGGAACAGUUCACACCGGUGCAAGAAACAGUUGUGGCCCGCAUAAGCAAUUAUGAUGAAGAGAGAUUGAUUGACGAUGAAGAUAUGUGUUUUGGGAAGAUGGUGGGGAGGACGCUGUCCAAAAUGACGACUAGGAACAAAGCCCAUGCCCGUUUGGAGAUCUCACAAGUGCUCUUCAAGUGGCAAAUGGUGGAGUGUGAUUCUGCAGCGCCCAAAUAAACUGUAGUCUACUCUUUCCCAUAUACAUAUGUAUAUAAAUAUACCAUAAGUUUCAUACUUUAAAAUAAAAUUUUAUAUAUCUUA